GAUCAUGACAAGAAAACGUGAAAAUACAAAUAAAUUAAAGGAAGACAAAAUUGAGAAUGGAAAGAAGGAAGAAGAAAUUAAAACUUCAACUAAUUUAAAUAUUGAUUAUUAUGAUUCGAGUGAUGAAGAGGAUAUUCGUAAUACAAUUGGAAAUAUUCCUAUUCAAUGGUAUGAUGAAUACGGACAUGUUGGGUAUAAUUUAGAUGGUGAAAAAAUUAAUAAAGCUGCUGGUAAAGAACAACCAAAAGGACAAAUUGAUGCAUUUUUGGAAAGAGAAGAGGAUCCGGAUUAUUGGAGAAGAGUUUUUGAUAAACAAACGGGACAGAAUAUUAUAUUGAGUGAUGAACAAGUUGAAAAACUGCAAGCUAUAGCAAGCAGUAGAUAUCCUGAAAUUGGUUAUAAUCCCUACCAACCUUUCUUUGAAAUUUUUUCUUUAAAACGAGAAAUUCAUCCAAUAUCAAAUCAACCACCUUCUAAAAGUUCAUUUGUCCCAAGCGCCGAUGAAAGACGAAUUGUUGGUAGAAUGGUACAUGCUAUCAAAAAUGGAUGGAUGAAAAGACGAGAAGAAAUUGAAAAAGAAGAUGAAGAAAGGGAACUUGAAGAAGAAUUUCCGAAGGUUUACGAUAUUUGGUCAGAUGAAGGAAAUUUGGAGGCUAAAACUAAAUCUGAACUUGCCCGGCUUAAAAUGAAUUGGACAGCACCAAAAGUGCAACUACCUGGACAUUCUGAAUCUUAUAGACCUCCACCAGAAUAUUUAUUUUCUAAACAAGAAUUGAAAAAAUGGGAAGAAACUGAAAGAGAAAGAAGAAGACCUAAUUUCAUUCCAAGAACUCAUGAUGCUUUUAGAAAAGUUCCUUUCUAUGAGCGUUUUUACGAUGAACGUUUGGAACGAUGCAUGAAUUUGUACUUGGCGCCUAGACAACGAAAAUUACGACUCAACGUCAGUGCCGAUCAACUUUUGCCUGUACUUCCCAAUCCAAAAGAUCUUCAACCAUUUCCAACUACAUUGGCAUUUUAUAUGCGUGGACAUAAAGGCCAAGUUCGUUCAAUUUCUGUUGAACCUGACAUUGGCGAGAUUUUAGUUUCUGGCGGUGCAGAUUCAACUGUUCGUGUUUGGGCACUUCCUAAUGGAAAUUUUCUUCAUAAAUAUGAAAUGUCUGCUCCCGUUACUUGUGUCCAAUUCUGUCCGGAUCCGAAAAAAUUGCUUGUUUUGGUUUCUUGUGAAUGUGAAAUUGUUACAAUUUUAAAUAUUUCAACUGGUGAUCGCCUCUUAAUUUCUCAAACAAAACAAUUUCUUGCUUCACUUCCAAUUGAAGAAGCACCUGAAAAUACACCGGGAAUUAAAUGGGUACGUUGUGAAAAAGAAAAACAAAUAAAUAAUAAAAAUUCAAAAAUGGAAGGAAUUCAACUUGAAAUGAAAGAUGUAAGGAUUUUUUAUAUAAAUUAA